AUGUCCUUUCCUUUGCUAGGUCUCUUACUACUCCUGCAAUCUCCAUUUACAUCAAUGGAGGGGACUCCCCACAGUUGUUUUGAGUACUGGCAGCAGCCCAACACAUACAUUAAGGUAGAAAUAAUCCUAGGUGCAUUUAUCCCCAUUUACACCACAGUAGAAGCACCCAUCAACUUCAUGAAUAUUUUUGACAGUGAACAAAGUCUGCUAUGGAAAGUCUUUCUGUGCAAAUGGAGAAACUAUCUAUAUUUGCUAACCUUAUACUUUGCCAUUGAUCAGAUCAAUAAGGACUCACAACUGCUUCCCAAUGUGACCUUAGGUUUCCAUGUCUACAAUGCCUUUAAUUCUAACAAAAGAACCCUGGAGGGCCCUCUGAUGUCAUUGUCUGGAAGAAGUGUUCCUAACUACAAAUGCAAAACACAACACAAAGCUCUAGGAAUCAUUUCAGGAAACACAUCAGAAUUUUCUGCUGCAAUUAGAACACUUUCAGAGCUCUACAAAGUCCCACAAGUCACAUAUGGUCCCUUUGAUUCCAUGCUAAGUGACAAAGAUACAUUCCCAACCCUUUAUCAGAUGUCUCCUAAGGACAGAGCUCUAACCCAAGGGUUGAUCUCUUUAUUGCUCCACUUUGGCUGGAAGUGGCUGGGGGUCAUUGUGUCUGAUGAUGGGAGAGGAAGGGAGUUUCUCUCAGACCUGACAGUAAAGAUUGGAUCAGAAGAUAUCUUUUUUACAGAAAAACUGUCUGAUAACUCAAAAUUUAGAAUACUAUAUGAUUAUGGAUUGCUGAACUUGUACCAACAUAUACAAGUAAAUGUGAUUUUAUUCUAUGGUAAUAUAGAUGACUUGGUGAUCUCCCUCCCAUACAUUAAUUUUUUUUUAACAAGAAAGGUGUGGAUCAUGGCAAAGCAACACCUGACAUUUUUAGAGUCUACAUUCAAUGACAGUAAUUUUUGGAUAUAUGUUUUCAGAGGAAGCUUCUCAUUUUCAAAGAGGAGAAGUAUCCCUGGCUUCAAGCAAUUUCUUGAAGCACUUACACCCUCCCAGUACCCAGGAGAGUCUUACUUCUCUAAAUUCUUGGUUGACAGUUUUGAUUGUUCACCUCUUGGUUUUCUAUGUGAAAAAUUUAAACCCUGUCCAGCGAAUAUUUCCCUAAAGACUGGGGAUGAAAUAAAUGAUGUGAUGACUACUUCUGAGCCCAGCUAUUCCAUACGGAAUGCAGUAUAUGCAGUGGCCCAUGCCCUCCAUAAAAUGCUGUUGACCAAAAUGGAAAUGGGACCUAUGGAUGACAGAAAAAAGGGUGAGAUUCUACCAUGGCAGCUGCAUCCAUUUCUGAGGAAAAUUAAAGUUACAAAUGCUGCUGGAGAUGAAAUAAGCUUUGAUGAGAACAAGAAUAUUCUGGAAAUGUAUGAUAUACAAAACUUUAUUGCAUAUAGUAAGCAAAAAUCAUCACUACUUAAAGUGGGGGAUUUUGUCUUCAAGAGUCCACAAGACCAAGGCUUUUUCAUCAAUGAAGUUCUGAUUCAAUGGCCAAGAAACUUCAAACAGACACCUCAAUCCGUUUGUGUACAGAGCUGUGGUCCAGGAUUCUGGAAAGUUUUACAAGAAGAAAAGCCUGUCUUCUGUUUUUCUUGUUUAUUUUGUCCAGAGCAGCACAUUUCCAACCAGACAGAUCAGCAGGAGUGCAUCGCUUGCCCAAGUCAAGAGUAUCCAAACCCUGAGUGAAGCCACUGCCUGCCAAAGGCAGUGACCUUCCUUUCCUUUGAGGAUCCUCUGGGCAUGGCUCUGGCCUGCACAGCUCUGUGCUUUUCUAUCAGCACAACUGCACUUUUAGGAAUCUUUCUCGAAAACCAAGAAUCUGCCAUUGUUAAGGCCAAUAACCAGACUCUCAGCUACAUCCUGCUCAUCUCCAUCCUCCUCUGCUUCCUCUGCUCCUUUUUCUUCAUUGGAUGCACAAACACAACCUCCUGCAUACUGCAACAAAUAACAUUUGCACUUGUGUUCACCUUGGCUAUUUCCACUGUUUUGGCAAAAACUAUAACUGUAAUUCUGGCCUUUAAGUUCAUGAAACCAGGGAGAACAAUGAGAAGGUUGUUUGCCUCACGUGUCUACAAUGCUGUCAUCCCCAUCUGUGUUCUAAUCCAACUUAUUCUCUCUGCAGUCUGGCUGGGAACCUUGCCCCCCUAUAUUGACACAGAUACACAGUCUGAACAUACUCAUAUCAUAAUUUUAUGCAACAAGGGCUCAGUUACUGCUUUCUACUGUAUGCUUGCUAACCUAGGGUCCCUGGCCCUAGAGAGCUUCACUGUGGCUUUCCUGGUCAGAAGCCUGCCUGACACAUUCAAUGAGGCCAAGUUACUGACAUUCAGCAUGCUGGUGUUCUUCAGUGUCUGGUUCACCUUCAUCCCUGUCUACCAGAGCACCAAGGGCAAAGCCAUGGUGGCUGUGGAGGUCUUCUCCAUCCUGGCCUCCAGUGCAGGGUUGCUGGCAUGUAUCUUCUUCCCAAAGUGCUACAUUAUUCUCCUACGACCCGAUAAGAACUCUUUGAGAUGUUUUACAAACAAGACAUCUCAUAAAAUAUCAUUUUGA